AAGGGGCCCCAUCGCAGGAGCCCCAGGACGCGCCGGGCUCCCGGCCUCGUCCCGCGGGGAGGCAGCAGCCCCGAGCAGGAGCCCGAGAUGGCGGACAGCGCCGCGGCCACGGCCGCUCCUCGGGCCGGCGUGAAGGGCUCGGCCGGGCCCUGGUGGAAAUCGCUGACCAGCAAGAAGAAGCACAAGGAAGCGGCGGUAGCCCCGCCGCACCCCGUCGCCAGCGAGACCCCCGCCGACACCCCCGGCCCCGACGGCCGGGAGGAGCAGCACCCUCCCUUCGGCAGCGGCGACGCCGCGGGAACCGGAGUCGGCAACCGGCGGAGCCUCCGAGUGUCCCACUCGGGCCGCUUCAAGGAGCGGCGGAAGGUGCGCACCUCGCUGCUGGCCGACAGCCCCGAGGUCUUCGACGGCGGCGGCGCCCCAGGCCAUGCCGCCCAAGGGGCCGAGUAG